ACCAGUUAAAUAUGUUUGAUUACGUCCGAUUUUAAAUUUUACGACAUAAUUUAUUAUUUUUACUAUGUAAAGAGGCUACACUGAAUCGAUCAGCAAAUAUGUUGGAAAGAAAAAGAAAAUACUGUCAUGUUGCUGUUGACUACUUAACCGAAUCAAAAGUGGUUCGUUAAAAUUUGCCAAUGCUCACAAACUUGUGACAAAGGGUGCUGCUAUGUUUCUUUUCGUUUUUAUUUUGGUUAAAGAAACGACCAAAUCCUGCAACCUUGUUUACACAUACAGCAUUAGUUCCUGAAGUGAGAUGUGAAAAGAAGGUUGAGCUCAACUGUAUGACUCCAGAGAUAUAUUUAGAAAACACCCAGCAUCAGCAACAGCAGCCUAUGCAAGUCUGUAGUGCUAAUUUCCAUUGCACUGGACCAAGUUUGAUGUGCAUUCCACCUGACAUCAACCGACCAAGUCUGACACUUAUCUCGCCUCAAGAGAACUCGGCAAAUCUGGUGUUUACUUCACAUCAAUUGAACCCAGGAAGUACACAAAGAAAUUGUGCUAGGUGUAGAGCAGGAGAAUCGGGACACAUCAAUCAUAUCAUCAGAUAGGAAAGGGACAAGUGCAGUAGAAGAGCUAGUCAAACUACUAGAAGAAUUCACUAAGCCAUAAUGGGACAUUCAUUUUUAGUACUGAACUAAAUAGUACUGUACCAUCUUUGAUGUGUGUUUUUUUAGAUCUUAGUACCUGGCACAUGGUUGUUUUGUCGAUAAAACAUGCAUGUAUUCCUUCAUUACCUAAGAUAUAAUUACUGACUUACUUAUGACAUUUCAAACACUGACGCUUUUGAUAUCUGUUAUUAUUUGUAUUUUUAGUUGUUUUUUAAUUUAAUUGGGUGUUUUUUCAUUGUUUACAAAAUAUUUUUGAACUAUCGUGUUUAGGAUUUCAUUCAUUAUUUUGUAUUCUGAAAUGCCAAUGAAGAUUUUUGUUUGAUUCAUUGAUCUCAAUAUUAAAGAUUUAGUUUUAGCAUAUUUGCUUAAUAUUAUACUUGCAUUUCACAUAUCGAUUCUUCCCAUGUUAAUUUUUUACUGUCUACAGUCAUUUUUUCAAUUUUUUAAUUUACCUUUCAUAUGUCAAAAUUUUAUUGUUUGUGACACCAUUGUAUAGCAGUUAUUGCAAAACCUUCAUUAUUGUCAUCUGUGAACUGGUUAGAAUCAUUGUGUUAGAUAGAAUUUCAGCAGUGAUAAUUUUCACUAUGAUAAGUUCAGAAAAACACCAGAAAUCAUUCAUUGUUGUCCAUGCUGGAGCUGGCUAUCAUGCAGCAGAGAACGAAGAGAAGUACUUGAAUGUUUGCAGGGUAGCUUGCACUGCUGCGAUGCAAUGUUUAAAAUCAGGCAAUAAUGCUGUUGAUGCUGUGACAAAAGCAGUGAAAAUGCUUGAGGACUCUCCUUGCACUAAUGCUGGUGUUGGUUCUAACCUCACUCUAGAAGGGUCUGUUGAAUGUGAUGCUGGUGUCAUGGACGGCAAGUCACUUACAUUCGGUGCUGUUGGUAGUGUUUCUGGAGUUAAAAAUCCUGUUGCGCUUGCUCACAAGCUGGUUCUGGUGCAGCUGGAAGGGCUUCUUUCUCUUGGGAGGAUCCCCCCAAGUGUGAUGGUUGGAGAAGGUGCUCGUCAGUGGGCCUGUCAACAUGGGUUACAGUGUGUGUCGACUGAUUCACUCAUCACAGAUACUUCAAGAAAAACUUACAAUAGGUAUAAAAGAAAACUGGACAGUAUUAAUAAUUGUGUUGAAAAUAAAAGGUGCAAAACUAAUUCAGAUAGCUGUUACAAGAUUACUGGUUCAGACUGUUUACCCAAAAAAUUGAUUGAAUCUUCAAAAGACGUAAAUUGCACGGCUUCUCAGAAUCAAAUUUCAUUUUCUGUGCCAUCGGAUGGAUCCGAGGGAAGCAGUGACUUACAAAAUACUAUUAGUGUAGGUUCACAUGGAGGUAUUGAUUUACAAGACACUCUUGCCAAAGCCAAACGAGUAGUCACUGAUGUUCAAGACACAGUUGGUGCUGUGUGUGUUGACCAAGCAGGUAAUAUGGCAGCAGCAGCUUCUAGUGGUGGGAUAUGGUUGAAGCAGAUGGGCAGAGUAGGACCUGCGGCUUGCUUUGGUGCAGGAUGCUGGGCACACAACGGUGUGAAGAAUAAGACACCAGGCAUUGCUGUGGCAACCACAGGUUGUGGUGAACAUCUGAUGAAGACUCUGCUAGCUAAACAAUGUGGAGAUGCUUUGCAAAAAGGUGAUGAUGGUAGUCUAACUUUUAAAAAUGUACUGGAGGACGGUUUUCUCAAAUCGGAAUUCCUACAUGGUGUUCAGGAUAAAAAUGCUGGCAUGUUAGGUUUAGUAUUUGAACAGGUGUGUGAUUCGAGUAUGUCCAAUAAUGAUUCAGAUAAUUCGUGUAGUGUUGAAGUUUUGUGGGGACACACAACCAGCAGUAUGUGUGUAGGUUACAUGUCCGAGGUGCACCAUAAACCAAGAGCCUUGAUAUCAAGGUUGCCACCUGACUCUAACGCAGGUGCUACUUUUGCUGUUCAGGGCAAGCUUUUUAUGCUCUAAAAUAAAAAAUUAUCUACC